AUGGCUGAAAUUGCAGCCAGUGCCGCUUUCGCAACGGGCAAAGAGGCUCUGAAUACACUGAACAAUUGGCUGGAUGAUGUGGAAGUUGCAAAGUCCUGGUACGGAAAUAAUUAUAGAAAGUUCACAGGGUCAGGCAAACGGAUAGGCAGGACGUUAUUUCGUCUCAAGAUAACGGGCGUGUUCACAAUCAAAAAGAACGACUGGCAAAAAGUUAUCGAAGAAUGCCUGUCAGACUGUUACAACUGGCAUCGUCAAACCGAAGGAGGAGAGUGCUGUUGGCUAAGACUCUUUACUUCAAUGUCUGACGAUAUGAAGCGCAGAUGUUUACAACAGUCUAGGAGCUCUAUUCAAUCACUUGCAGUUGUGGAAUCAAUGCCUGCCGCUCGGAUCGACUUGUGGGGCUUGGUGGUGUUCGCCUUUGCGAAUGGAGCUGAUCAAAGGGUCAGGUCAAGUUCGACCGGAAGCUUCUGUGCAAACUUGUAUGCCAUUGAUUUCACACUCACGAUCUGGCAGUACGAUAUGGCUGGACCAAUCUGCGCACAUAUUGAGCCCAGGGAGCAGGGCCAGGAAGACCGGACCAUGCUAAGUUCAUCUGAAUGGAAUAACUUACUUUGGAGCGGUCAUACCUUCAAAGAGUGUGAUCAUAUACUGGGAUGGCCACCCUCUGCGGAUCCAUCAGCGGAUGCGCCUGGUGAUUUGAUCACAAAUGUGUUGGAUAGGGAGCUGGCCCAGAUCGUCAUGGACUAUACGUGGACCCGGAUACUACAAGAGAAACUUCGCAAGUUAAUAUACGAAUGUCAUGACAGCUGGGAUGACUUGAAAGCCCUCGCUGGGGAAGACCAAAAACCUCGCAUUGAGGUCAUCCAACGGAAUCUGAAGGGGUUGAAACUUCUUUUGCUCAAUGAUUCUAUUCUACCGGAAGCAAUAGUUCAAGAACAGAGGAAGGAAGACACACUGCAAUAUGCUCAAAAGCAAUUGGAAUUCGUCGGGCAUGAACUCAGCCCAGACGGUUCCAUGAAACAACCACGUUUGCGUGGAAUAUUAGAAACACGACUGCUGCCACUGCAACAGCAGAUUGUUGCCCUCGUUCGGUUAUUAACUUUACCAAAAAUGGUGAUCCGUCAAUUGAGCACACGAGGCACGGGCACGCAUGUUUCUCUCGCAUGA